UGACAUAAGCAAACUAUGCAGACCCAUGAUCGCUGGCUGACACCUCAACGUUCCUGUUUUCCCGUGCUGACGUAGCUAGGUAGUGUGACAUUCCUUCAUAUCGUUAUCCUGGACUGAAUAUGCACCUGACUGUGAUUGUACUUUACCUGAUCAUGAACAUACAUUUGGCACACGGUACGUCCGAUCUCACCUGCCCAGAUCGGAUUGAAGUAGGUUCUGAAGCCGCCAUCACUUGUGUUGCACCUGACACAACAGACAAGCAUGGCUACUCUACGCCAAACAGGGAAGUUGCUGCUAUCUGUGAGUUAAAAGCCUCAUCAUGUCAACCCCUCGGCCACUACACAGCAGCAGUUGUCAAUGACACCUGUAGCGUUCUGACCAUCCCUAGUGUGAGAAUAUCUGAUGCUGGAGAAUGGCGAUGUACAAUCCCACCGUCGCCCAUGUUGAUUUGUCACAUGGUCGUCUACAAAACCCCGUCAUGUACCAUGAUCACUGAUGAAGAGACCAAGACAAUAUCUGUGGCGCUGACAGGGUUCUACUGCUCAGAGAGUCUGCAGUUUAGUAUUGUGACAUUGUGUGAAUUAUUUGCCGGAACCGUCAAAGACAUUACAGACGGACACUAUAACUGUACAAAUAUGACCCAAGUCAGGGCAGACCACGCCGACGUGACGUUCACAUGCGGUAAUGUUGAAAGAAGCUUGGAGUGUGAGAAAGUUCUUUACACAACAUCCACAAUGUAUCCUCUGCAGACAACCUCUUCUGGCAUUGCCACAGUUAUGCCUUACAAAACGGAUCCUGCAGGCAUCGUGCUUCCUGUCAUUCUUUGUAUCAUAGUCCUAGUCCUAGUGAUCGCUUUCAUUGUCUUGUAUAAGACAAGGCCAGGUUUAUUCAGGCCAAGGAAGCAUCCAACACAAGUUUCUGCUGAUUCUUCAUAUGUGGGGGUAGGUCAGAAGGAUCUUGUGUCACUUUAGACUACAUUGCUUGGUUAUUUUGAGUGAGGCUCUCCUACAUAUUAACUCAUUCGUAACUACUCGCUUCUUUCCGUGACCUACAAAAAGACUCGUACCUGCUUAGUGAAUGUGAAUGAGGUCAAAUAGUUUCUUUGCGAUUACCGAUUUUCAUGAUUAUUUCCAUGAUUCUACAAUUAUCUUGUUGCUGGUAUUUGUUAACGACAUAAUAAUCUUACUUAAAGUGA